CUCAAACUCAACCCAAACCAUCAUCAUGUCCAUUGGAGUGCCUUACCAUUGAACGUCGCAUCGCAGGAGUCCCCGAGCUCCUCUGAUCUGCCAUGAAGCUUCCCCGAUGAUAGGUGCUUCCUUCCCUCCACCGAUGCUGUGGUUGUCUGUUUUCAUUUGUGCAAAGCGCCGCGCAUUCGCGGGUCCUGUCCUGCCCCAGUCACGGAUACCGUAACCUGAUUGUCAUUGCAAAAGCGCGCAGAUUGCUUCACCUUCUCUCCGAAAGCCCGAGCUAAGUCAGUCGAAUCUAUGUCACGGAAUCCCGAGGAGGAGAAGGCGUCUCCGAGUCCGGCUUCCGUAUCUCUUCUUUGCGGAGCCUUCACUUGCGCUGCAGGUCCUCUACUUGCGCUGCGCAGUACUGCGCCAGAGCCAGGGAAGCGCCGGAGGAACUUAGCUUACGAGAACGGAAGAACUCAAUCCAUGCGCUAGCUACCAGCGCUACGAUUCGAUAGCACUCGAUACUACGACAAUAGCGCGAA